GUAUGGCCGGCUUAUUGGACAGAUUGGAAACAGAACAGUUGAGAGCAAGGAAACAUUUAGAGAGGAAGCAUACACAUUUACGACGUGCAGAAAGUGUUGACGCCCUCGAUGAGGACAAGUUUGACAGAUUUGUACAUACUGCAAGCGAGGGUGAGUUAGAAGAGGUUUUAACAACAUACACUAAAAUCAACAAAUCAGCAAGCAUUUUCCUGGGAGGUAAAGCUACAGGGGAGACAACUUCACAUGUACCUACAACAGGUAAUUCCAUGCAGCAUAUAGGAGCAUCAUCUCCUGUAAUGAGGACAGAUUCUCAGGUUCAGUUAAACAGACGGAAAGACAGUGACACAUCUGAGAGGUCUACAACACAGACAAAAACUGUAACCGGCUGGGAGGAGGUUCCAAAAGCUAUACAUAGUGUACCGACCUCUAGUAAUGACCUUCGACCUCAUUCCUCACAUACGGGUAGCCAUAGCAACGUAGGCUAUGGGACACGACCUGCUUCCUACAACACAAACUCUGCGGCCUCGUAUGCCAAUGCUGUACAAAUAUACACCCAGAAACUAUCCUCACUGAGGCCCAGAUCUGCAACCACUGCUCACAAAACAGAGAAACAGGUACGGUCACGCCCGUCGUCAGCGGUGAUGGCGCGAUCAGGGUCAGCUGCUAAUAGUGCAUAUGGAAGUACUGCAGAUUUACAAGGGGAUAUAACUAGCUCUGAUGAGUGCAGCUCCCCUAAAAGGCCCUCCAUAUUAUUCAGCAAAUAUUUUGCUAGAAAUUUUACAGAUCCAUACAACGAUAAAGUAAUAACUGAAGCUCUUCAGCGUCUUACGAUGAGACAGCAAGCUCGGCAAUAUUCUGCCUACAACGGAACUAGUUUAGUGCCGUCCGACUCUGCUAGUCGACCAUCGUCUGCUUGUGGUAACAGGGACCAUCCUGAUUCCAGGACACCGGUGAAUGUUCAUGACACUAAUUCAUUACAACAUAUCAAUAGCUCAAGCAGUGCUCCUCAAGUUGACAAAGGUAGUGGUGAUAUAAAUAGUAAAUAUAUUUACAUGGAGGAACAUGUUACUAAAAAUAGACCACCCUCAGGUACGUUACCAAAACGCUCACCUUCUGCCAUAGACAUGAAAUCAUUUGAAGCUCAUCGAAGGAAACAGUCAAAUGUUAAUCUACAAAGUGCCAAUGCUACAUUUAAUAGUUUUAUUGAGGAUACAGGACCUAACUGGCAAAAUGAUCUUGCCUUAGCGUACAAUCAGGUGACAGGUGUGACUCCCCAGAACUACCAUACACCCACUCAGUCAAGCAAACAGUACCAGAUAAUGCAGCAACAAGCACUGAAGCAACAGAGUAAAGUGUUGUUAGAGCAGAGUAAGGCUAAACAUCAGGCUAUGAUUGCCCAGGCACAUGCUGUACAGAAAUCAUUGCUUAAACUUGACCGGCCCGAGUCAGAGGCAACCAUGGUGCAAAUGUAUGCACCAAAACCACCUGUACGACCAGGCACUAGGAAAGCAGCUAGUGCUCAUCAUAGAAUGCCAAGACGAGCAGUUCCGGAGGAGACCAGUCUUAAUUUCCAGUUCUGUUCUACGGACAAAUCAAAUGUUAAUGGAGGAUGGUAGUGUGAAUGGUGAACAGAAUAGAGACAUCAACUGUAUUAAGAGAUGGUCAGAGUACACACUGAUGAACAAAAGUACAACAUGUCAGAUAACUAACGAGAUAACUUUACAGUGAUAGAUCUACAGCAAAACCUAGCAUCAUCAGCUCUCUUUCUGUGUAAACAUGACCUUCACAAUGACUUACUGUUACCAUAUCAUUCCAUAUAUCUGUGAUAGAAUUGUACUUUAUUAGGACUGGAUUGGUGAUUUUUAAACUAAUUUAUCAUAAAAAGACAAUGAAAAUUAUCACUUAUUACCAGCUAAUCUGGGCUUUAGAUGCCCAGCUAAUCUGGGUCUCAAAUAUCCAGCUAGUCUAGGUCUCAGAUAUUCAGCUAACUAGGUCUCAGAUAUCCAGCUAAACUGGGUAACAGGUUCCAAGCUAAACUGGAUCUCAGAUACCCUCCUAAUCUAUAUCUCAGAUAACAUGCAAUCUAGGUCUCAGUUAUCCAGCUAAUCUGGGUCUUGGAUUCCUAGCUAAUCUGAUUCUAAGAAUCCCAGCUAAUCUAGAUCUCAGAUACCUGUCUAAUUUGGGUCUUAGAUCCCAAGCUAAUUUUGGUUUAAAAUCCCAAGCUAAUCUGGGUCUCAGAUUCCAAGCUAAUCUAGAUUUUGGAUUCCAAGCUAAUCUGGAUCUUGGAUUCCAAGCUAAUCUGGGUCUCAGAUUCCAAGCUAAUCUGGAUCUUGGAUUCUAAGCUAAUCUGGGUCAAAGAUUCCAAGCUAAUCUGGAUCUUGGAUUCCAAGCUAAUCUGGGUCAAAGAUUCCAAGCUAAUCUGGGUCUCAGAUUCCAAGCUAAUCUGGAUCUUGGAUUCCAAGCUAAUCUGGGUCUCAGAUUCCAAGCUAAUCUGGAUCUUGGAUUCCAAGCUAUCUGUGUAUAAGAUUCCAAGCUAAUCUGGAACAUUAAGCAGAACAUUGCUCUUAUAUCAUUAAUUUAUUAAGAUACUUGAUUUUUACACAUUUUUGAUUUAUUUUUUUAGCAUGAAAGUGUUUAACUGGUAUGAUAGAUAUAAUUUCAAUAUAGAAAAAUAGUAUCGGCAAGUUAAAUCAAUUAAUUAUCCUAUCCUAGAUUCAGAAAAGCAUUCAUCCAUUUAUAAGCUAAAAUUAGAAACUUGAUUUAUGAAUGUAAAAAUUGUUAUUAUAGUGUAUAUAGUAGUAAAUAUUAUCUGGAAGUUUGCACCUUUGGGGUAAAGUGAAUUCCUAAUUAUUUUUUGAAUGCCAUAAUUACAUUGUUUAUAUGAUUUAAUUAUUUUGUAUAUAUAGACCUAUAUAUAUUUCCGUCCGUUAUUUGUUCCAUUGUUUAUAUGUGCUUUCAUUUACAUGAUCUGUGAUACAUAAAUACAACAUUUUAUCCUGUAAUUACUGGAAUAGUAAUGUGUGAUAGAUGUGUGAUUACUGAAAUAGUAAUGUGUGAUAAGUGUGUAAUUAUUGAAAUAGUAAUGUAUAGAACUAAGGUGGUAAAAUAGUAAAUUAUCUGGUUGAUAACUGUAAUAUAAUAGUGUAAAUAAAUUAGUGUGUCAUUCCAUUUUCAUUUUUUGGUAAUAGAAGUGCAUGAUAUCAUUAUAUAUAAUAUGUAAUUGUAAUUUGUAAUUGUAAUUUAUGUGUAAUAGUAAUGUAUAAUUACAGUGUUCAGAUUGCAUGUAUAAAGUGUGAUGAAAUUAAUCAGUUAGUGGUAACUUAAAUGAGCCUCAUCAUGACAAAACCAACAAGUAGAGAAACUGAUAGCGAACAGCAUGGAUCCUGAUCAGACUGCGGGGAUGCGCAGGCUGGUCUUGAUCCAUGCUGGUCGCAGACCCAUUAUGUUGGUUUUGUCGUGACACGGCUCAAAUUAUUACAAUUUGUAUGAACAAUCAAACUUUUCUGAAUUCAGGCAAAAAAUCCUUGACAAAAAAAACAAAACAAGACCAAACAUUGUAGUUUAUGUAUACAGGAAAUUAUUUUAGCUCAAAAUGCUUCAUUGGGAACUGGUCUGUCAGCAAAGAGAUUUUGAUAUUGUUUCUUAAAAGUAAUAUUGAUUUGUAAUGUAAGGAUAUAAGCCAUUUCCAUGACAUCAAAAAUUUUAUUUUUUAUUUAUUUUUAUUAUUUAUGGAAUACUUUUUAAUAGAUUAUAUUGGUGCCAAGUAUCAGAAAAUAAUGUUUUAAAUGAUUUUAUUUAUUUACCCAAAAAAUUGAUGUGCUUGGGCUAUUUAUUGUUUUAUUAUUUUUUUUAAAUCCUUUACCUUACUCUUAAAGUAUAUACUGAACAUUAAAAUUAAUGUAUGGAAUUUUAUUUCAAAAUUAAUAACAUUUAUAUAUUUCAUUUUUUGUUAUUGUUUUGUAAGUUAUAUUUGAAUUUCUUUUAUAAAAGACACAUAUGAUGAAAUGUGUUCCCAUGGCUUUACAUUCCAAUAGCAGUUUAAAAAACUAUUUAU